UUUUGGCUCUUUUUUUUUAAAAUUUGUUUGUUUAGUCCUAUACUUGUUUGUUUUCAUGUUGUUAUUUUUUUACAUUUCUGUUUGUAUUUUAAUGAGACAGAAUGAAGGAUGUGGAUUUGGGUCACUGGAAGAAUGGCAAUUAUGAAUUGGGAGAGAACUAUGAUCAGAAUAAACCAUAUGAAAAAACUAUUUUCAAUAAAAGUUAAAAUUAUAAAAAUAAGAGUAGCAAGAUUACAUUCCUCAAAAACUGACACAAAGUGGUGGUUCAGGGACAUACCGCCUUAUGCAUUUUGGGUGAAAACUGUUUUAAUUACCAGUAAACAAAUACCUUUUUGACCUGGAGAUUUUGUUUGAGUCAAACAAGUAAGAAAAGUGAGCAUGUAUUUCCACUCGAGGUCAGACACAGGAAUGACCUUCAUCCUCGUAAAUAAGGGAUAGAAUACUCUCAUAGUCAACUAAUACUAUUUAUAAGGAUAAAAAUCAUGACUGGCUGUUCAAUAGUAUGGGCACAACUCACAGGAUUCUAAAUGAGAGGUUAUUUAGAACAUGAUUAUUGGGUGUAUAAUGUCAAGUGCAAAAGCAUGCACGUCAGUCCCUUGUGGCAGAUUGAAUAGUGGUUAGUCUUUGGAGCUCAGGAACUGGGAUGGCCGACUCUGACAGGGCCAUGAGGGUGAUGGGCAGAUGGUACUUUUAUACUUACAGUGUAAAUAUGAAUUAAAAGGCCACAGGAGCAUGAUAUAAAGAUUAGUGCAUUUCUGGUAUGAAUCUUAUCUUCACUAGUAAUUUUUGAUUGAGUUGAACAUUUGUUCAUGAAGCGUGAAACAUCACAAUACAAUUUAGAAGUAUAAUUUUGGAACAAAGGAGAUUUUGUUUAAAACUAAGACCACAGAAAGUCACAAAGCAAAGAUGAGCAGAUGAUGUGGUUUAGGUAUCCGGAAUGUACGGCUGGCGCUGGUAGGAGGUGAAGUGAGGCUGCAGAGGGAAUCCUGAGAGGUAUUUCUCCAAGAAGCCACAAGAGGAUCUCCAAGCUAAAGCAGCCAGCUUCUGUUUUCAGGCAUCCCCACCUCCUGCCUAGAGGAGCUGUAGCUGAGCCCACAAACUGCAACAGACCUCUAGGUCUUGCCCCAGCAUUGUACCUGUCUGAACAAGUGCACUGUUGGUUCUUAAGGUUUGCAUAUUGACUGGCAAGCCUUAGAUCUUUAGGAUAAAGUACUGUGUUUUUCUUCAGAAUUUUCUUUCUUUUCUUCCCACCGCCCCCUUUAUUUUCCUGCCGAGGAAAAUGAAAGUGAAUUUUGCUCACCCAAAUGGAGCUGUUAAGUUUCUCAGGUGCUGAAGCCAGAAAGGCUGGCCAGCAGCGAGGCUAUGCAGUGGAGUGUGCAUGCUCAGCAAAGCACCCCAACCUGGUCAGUUUAGACAAAGGAGGAAAAUCAAAGGCUAACAGCUGGCACUUUGAAGAAUCUUGACCUUGCAUUUUGCUUUCAUACUUAUGUUCAGAAAGCUUGCUUUGAAUACCUCAUCCCUCCUGACUCAUUUAGCAUAAAAUAUUUUUCCCCCAGGCUGUACCAUGGAGGCUUUCUACAGUAAAAUAUUCAGCUCUGUAAAGCCGGCCCAUUGUGUCCAAUAAGUGGAGCAAAGCAUUCCAAACUUCAGAAGAGGUCAGGUCGCACUCAUUCAUAAUAAUAGCACAUCAUAUCUAUGCAGAAAAGAAAAGAAUAAACUCCACCAGCAUGGGGCCGUACAAAGGUUUCACAUCUAUCCUACUGACAAGUUGUGAUAAACACAGACACAUAUAAUCCCAGGACACCUCUCAUUAUGCUGACAUUUUACAAAGCCAUCCAAAUGCCAGUCUGUCUGUACUGUAUAAUAGAUUGUAAACAACUCAUGUUCUGAAAAUUAAAAAAAAUAUGAUGAGAAUACAGUAUCACAGGAGGAAGCCAUGAGUUUCUGCCCUGCUUCAUGUUCCAAGAGACAGUGAACACAACUUGGGGGGUGGUAUUUAACCUUCUGGGACUUUUCCCUAAUUGUGCAGUGGAAUUAUGUGGUAAGAAUUUAAAUGAAUCAAGGACACUGACUCUUGGCUCCCAUGGAAACAUGCCUGACAUUAUUAUCAUCUAUGUUCCCAUAACUAUUGUCAAAAAGGGAAGCAUGAAGGGAAUCCUACAUAUACCUUUAGUUUUCUUACAGAUUAUUUUCAAAAUUUGCAUGAUGAUAACAUGCAGGUGGCUCUCCUAUAUCUAUGUAUUCUACAUCCUUGGGUUCAAACAAACUUGAAUAAAAAUAUUGUCUUUAAAAUGUAUAUCACUACCAGACUGGCAUUUAUCUUAUUUCCUAAACAAUCAUAACAACUAUUUACAUCACAUUUAUACAUAGUAGGCAUUACAAAUAAUCUAGAGAUGGAUUAAACCAUGCCAGAGGUCUAUGAAAAUUGCAAUACAUUUUCUAUGACAAAUUUGGCAUUCCCAGGGAUCCUGGAAACCAGUCCUUGGAGUAAAAAUUUGAGACAGGAUUGCAUGUGUAUAGAGACUCAAGAUAAUUCUGCACUAUCCUUUGACUAGCUUUUGAAGGGUCCCCUUGUAUGGUACAGAAAUUAGAGAUGAAGGAGAGUUUGGUAGAAACUUGAAGGAGAAAGGUAGAUGCUGGCUGUUCAGGAUCUCCACAGAACACAGACAUUCAAACUAAUUACAUAAGUGCAGGUAAAGAAGGGUGAUAGAAAAUCUCCUGAUUGGGGUGAACUGAGGCAGGCAGAAGGCAGUGGCUUCAUGUUAACCAAGAUAGCACACUCCUUAUUUAAAAGCAAUACUGGUACCAAGAACAGUCUCCAGCCUCCUGCUGGUUCACAUUUCUUACCUGUGAAUCUAGAGACAAAGGAGGGAAUUCCCAAGAGCUUCAUCCUGCUUCUGUGUAUUUUAUGAAGAAAAAUUACUGUUAGUGUUGCUAAAAUCCCUCCUCUUGGGGGGGAACAUUGUCAACACCCUCCUCCUGGGCCCCAACAACAAAACAAAGCUCACCCCCACACAGUUCAGCUUGUGGACCUGGAGUUUAUUGGCCGUACCUACAGAGGUAAGAGGUUGCUGACAGGAUCUUGGGUGAUCACAAAACAACACAACAUCACUUAACAUGGUUAAUGGCUUCCCCAUCUCCUUCCUCUAGUUUUUCCAAGCCUAUAAUAAAUUCUACUACCUCCUUCCCCUAGACACAGACUAUUGGCAAUGGGAGCAAAACUGCAAACAAAGGACUGGGAGAAGUGUCUGAAUGCCAGGUGGGGAUCCAGUGACCUUCCCAACCCCUCCUUCUCUGAAAGAAAGCCAGCAAUCCACAGCCCCAAAACUGAUGGAUUCCUGCAAGCAGGCACAGCUACUUAUAGUGAUGAUCGAAGAUUGGCUACAAGGCUAGUUCUUAUAAGAGCCAGUGUUAAUGAAGUUGUCGUGUUUCUAUGAAUAGUAGUUGAAAAUGUAUUUCCUAGAAUGUUUUUCAAAUAUGGAAGUAAAAUUGCUAUUUGUUUUGGAGUUAAUACUUGCAUGUCAAAAGAUUAGCUUUCUAAAUGAUCAUACAUAUAAAAACAGGCAAUUUUCGGUUUGGAACAUGAAAAUAGUGUCAGUCCUACCCAACCUUGCUUUCUGGGUCUGGAGCCUUCUCUCCGGACUCAAACAUUUCACUUCUACUAAUUACUGAUGAUGUUUAGUCUUUCUUUUCUGAGAAAAGGGGACAUUGUUGGGACUUCCCCAGCAAGCCACAGUUAUGAGCACCAGGGGGAGUUCAGGUAAGCAAGCACCACCCUAGAGAAGAUCUCCUUUUGGCAAACCAUCUCACUUACUUGCAAUGGCGUCCCUAAGAGAAGGCACAAGGCACAGGGGACAAGCAGGGUGGGUGCGCUGCAGUAAAACUACCAGUGCCCAUGACUCCAGCAAUGACUCGGGCCAGUCCCCAGGCCCCUUCUGCGCCUCCCUGUGGGAUCCCCAAGCUCUCCUUCCCACCCCCAGCCCCGCCCCCUUCCCGACCUCCCAACUCCGAGUCCAUUCAAACCUCGCUGCCUUCGCCUGGCGUUGCCAAGCGUGUUAAUUGGGGAAACUCCUCCCCGCCGCGGCUGGCGGGCACCACCGAGGCAGCCGCGACCUCCCGCCCGCUUCGGAGCGCAGCUGCCCCAGUGCACAGCCCCGAGCCGGCCCGGGCCGCCCCGCGGGCUGGUGCUUCGGGAGGAGGGCGCCCGGCCACCUGCUGUCCCCCCUCCCCGUGCUGAUCACUCCCGAGAGUGGACGCACCCCAGCUCGUGUGCGCCCCGCAGAGCCGGACCGUCGGGGACGCGGCGCUCGGAGCAGACACCUGUCCCUCUCGGUCCGCAGAACCAGGGCGCUGCAGCCCGUGGUAGUCUAGUAAGCGCCCGAGCGAGUGGAGACCAAGCCCGGCAGAGGCCUCGGACCCGCGCCCGGAGAGUCAUGGCUGCAAAGCUGCUGCUUCUCCUCUGCCUGUUCUCGGGCUUGCAUGCUCGGUCCAGGAGGGUGGAAGAGGAUGACAGUGAAGACUCUCCAUCAAACCAGAAGUGGGUCUUGGCACCCAAAUCACAAGACACCGAUGUGACACUGAUUCUCAACAAAUUGCUGCGAGAAUAUGACAAAAAGUUGAGACCAGACAUUGGAAUAAAACCAACUGUGAUCGAUGUGGACAUUUAUGUUAACAGCAUUGGUCCUGUGUCAUCCAUAAACAUGGAAUACCAAAUUGAUAUAUUUUUUGCUCAAACCUGGACAGACAGUCGCCUUCGAUUCAACAGCACAAUGAAAAUACUUACUCUGAACAGCAACAUGGUGGGUUUGAUAUGGAUACCAGACACCAUCUUUCGAAACUCUAAAACAGCAGAGGCUCACUGGAUCACCACACCCAACCAGCUCCUUAGAAUCUGGAAUGAUGGGAAAAUCCUUUACACAUUAAGGCUUACCAUCAAUGCAGAGUGCCAGCUGCAACUGCAUAACUUCCCCAUGGAUGCGCAUGCCUGCCCUUUGACCUUCUCUAGCUGUGAUUAUGUUGUCAUGACUAUCUACUUUGAACUGAGUCGAAGAAUGGGAUACUUCACUAUCCAGACGUAUAUCCCCUGCAUACUGACUGUGGUUCUGUCCUGGGUAUCAUUUUGGAUCAAAAAAGAUGCGACACCAGCAAGAACAACAUUAGGCAUCACCACGGUGCUAACCAUGACCACACUCAGCACCAUUGCCAGGAAGUCCCUGCCUCGGGUGUCCUAUGUCACUGCCAUGGACCUCUUUGUGACUGUGUGCUUCUUGUUUGUCUUUGCCGCACUGAUGGAGUAUGCUACUCUCAACUACUAUUCGAGCUGUCGAAAGCCAACCAUCAGGAAGAAAAAGACAUCGUUAUUACAUCCAGAUUCAACAAGAUGGAUUCCUGAUCGAAUAAGCCUUCAAGCACCCUCUAAUUAUUCUCUCCUGGAUAUGAGACCCCCACCACCCGUGAUGAUCACGUUAAACAAUUCCAUGUACUGGCAGGAGUUUGAGGACACCUGUGUCUAUGAGUGUCUGGAUGGCAAAGACUGCCAGAGCUUCUUCUGCUGCUAUGAGGAGUGCAAGUCUGGCUCCUGGAGAAGAGGCCGCAUCCACAUUGACGUCUCUGAGCUGGACUCCUACUCUCGGGUCUUCUUCCCAACGUCCUUCCUGCUGUUCAACCUGGUCUAUUGGGUUGGAUACCUAUAUCUUUAAGUGCUGCUCUGAAGGAUGACAGAAGAGUACUUGAUUCAUGUUUUUCCUUCCAUCAUCCCCAGACAAGUAGUGACCAACCAAAAAGUAGCAGGGAAGGACACUACUCCAGCUUGUUGUGUUACCUUUCAGCAGGAUGGGAA